AUGGUAGCGUCAGCAAACGAGGACACCCUUUGGGACGGCGGCAACGCCUGCGGGAAGAGUUACAGAGUGAAAUGCUUAAGUGAAGGCGGCGGCGCUGCGGUGCAGUGCAGGGAGGGCGAGACCGUGACGGUGAAGAUCGUCGACAUAUGCCCUUCCCGCUGCCGAAACACCAUCGACUUGUCGAGGGAAGCUUUCGCCACCAUCGCGGUUCUCGACGAGGGGAAAAUUCUCGGCGAACAAAGAAUUAGUGUCUCCCUCGAAGAGUAA